UUUAAUUGGAAGGGAGCUUCAUAUAGUUGCUAGCAAUAUUCCUUUUGGAGCUGUCUAUUUGUUAGAGGAAAAUAUCAUCAUAUAUUUCCCUUUUAUACUAUUUAACAGAAGAAGCAACUUUAAAACAAAAGAUUAAACAAAAUGACAACUCCUCAAUUUUAUUGUCAGUACUGCACAGCAUCACUUCUAGGGAAGAAGUAUAUACUAAAGGAUAACAAUCCAUACUGUGUUUCCUGCUUUGAUCGUAUCUUUUCUAACUACUGUGAAGAAUGCAAAGAGUCAAUUGAAUCAAACUCUAAGGAUCUUUGCUAUAAAGGCCGACACUGGCAUGAAAGAUGCUUCAAUUGUGCCAAAUGCAAUCACUCUUUGGUGGAAAAGCCUUUUGCUGCCAAGGAUGAGCGCCUGCUGUGCUCAGAGUGUUAUUCUAAUGAGUGCUCCUCCAAGUGCUUCCACUGCAAGAAGACCAUCAUGCCUGGUUCACGAAAAAUGGAAUUUAAAGGAAAUUACUGGCAUGAAACCUGUUUUGUAUGUGAGCAUUGCCGACAACCAAUUGGAACUAAACCUUUGAUUUCCAAAGAGACUGGCAAUUACUGUGUACCAUGUUUUGAGAAGGAGUUUGCUCACUACUGCAGUUUCUGUAAGAAGGUAAUAACUUCAGGUGGGAUAACAUUCCGAGGACAGCCAUGGCAUAAGGAAUGUUUUCUGUGCAGUGGAUGUAGAAAAGAGCUCUGCGAAGAAGAGUUUAUGUCCAGAGAUGAUUUUCCAUUCUGUCUGGAGUGCUACAACUAUCUUUAUGCCAAAAAGUGUGCAGCCUGCACAAAACCCAUUACUGGUCUCAGAGGUGCCAAGUUUAUUUGCUUUCAAGACCGCCAGUGGCACAGUGAAUGCUUUAACUGUGGGAAGUGCUCUGUCUCCUUAGUGGGGGAAGGCUUCCUGACCCAGAAGAAGGAAAUCUUCUGUCGCAAAUGUGGUUCUGGGAUGAACACUGAUAUCUAGAAGGAAACAGUCCUUCCUUACUUGAAACUCACCUUGCUUUUGUUCUCACUAAAUCCAGAUCUUGGUUAAAAUAGUGCUUCUAUCUCAAUUUUAGUAAAUACUAA